AUGGAUACCAGCGUCAAAGUUGGCGUUCGUGUUCGUCCCUUGUCUGAAGCCGAAGUCAACGAUGGGUGUGUAUCUUGCCUGGCCUACCCGGCAGAACCAGGUCACAUCAUGAUUGGAAGAGAUAAACUGUUUUCUUUUGAUUAUGUCUUCGACGAGGCAGCUUCUCAGUGCGAUAUUUACACGAGGGCAGCAGAACCUAUGGUGGAUACUGUGCUCAAGGGCUACAAUGCCACUCUACUGGCUUAUGGCCAAACCGGGAGUGGAAAAACCUAUUCGAUGGGGACCUGCGCACUACUGAGUCCUACAGACCCUGAAAACGGGAUUGUUCCGCGAAUGGUUCAAGACAUUUUUCGUAGGAUCCCCUCACUGCCGUUCGACUAUACUAUCCGGGUAUCAUUUUUGGAGAUAUAUAAAGAGGAUAUUCAUGAUUUACUUUCAGAAGACGUCAACAUACCCUUGCCAAUUCGCGAAGAAAACCAAAUAAUCAAAAUUCCGGGUUUGACCGAGAGUGUUGUCAAUUCGUGCGAAGAUGUUCUCGCCUUAUUACAAUCAGGAUCGACAAAACGAAGUGUUGGUGGGACCGCUAUGAAUCGGCAUUCCAGUCGAAGUCACGCUGUAUUUACCCUGCACUUUGUAAUUCGCCCCAGAGAGGAGGCACUUAAUGCCGUUGGGUCUGAUGAUAUACCAACCACAGUGUCGAAGACACCCACAACACAACCUGACCAAUCAGCCGAAGGUGAAACAUUGACAGCAAAGCUUCAUUUAGUCGAUCUUGCUGGCUCCGAACGUCAAAAGAAAACGCACGCAGAGGGCGAUCGACUGAAAGAAGGUAUUAACAUCAAUCGUGGCCUUCUAGCAUUGGGCAAUGUGAUCAGCGCUCUGUGUGAGAAAGAUGCGAAGAAGCGAUCGCACAUUCCCUAUCGUGAUUCUCGACUAACUCGACUGCUUCAAGAUUCACUUGGAGGCAACAGUAUGACUUUUAUGCUGGCCUGCGUUAGCCCGGCUGACAGUAAUAUGGAAGAGACUUUGAGCACGUUACGAUAUGCCGAUCGGGCACGCCUUAUAAAGAACAAACCUAUUUUGAAUCGCGCCGAUCCCAAAGAUGCCGAAUUGGCUCGCCUGCGCUCGAUGAUCGCACAAUUGCAAAAUCGACUGGCCAAGGGCUCCGCGGGACUCACAUUAAUGAGUCCCUGUGCGCCCAAGUUACAAUCAUCCGCGAGCACUUUUUCAACCACCAUCAUUUCGAGCCUCAAUGACAGGCUGGCCAAGUCCGAGGAUGAAAAACAAAUUUUGGCUGACCAACUGGAUAAAACCCUUGAAGAGAGCGCUGAAUUGUACAAGAAGCUGUUUGAUGCUGAAGCCAUUCACGAUGCAGUGUUCACAGAACUGGAUAGGCUUAACCUAGCCAUCAGUUCCAUAGAUCCGAAGUUGGCCGAAGCGAUGGCUUCUGACUCUUUGAUUGCUGAAUUCGUGCGCAGCGUGAAAGAAACCCUGACCACUCUGUACUCCAUGAAAGACACAAAACACGCCGAGCUCAUUAUUUCUAAAGUCGACGAAUUGUACGAGAAUUGUUCCGCCAUUCUAAAGGACUCUUCGUCUGUUGGAGAUUCUCCUGAAAUUGAGAAAACGGUUGGAACUAAUGGAACACCACUGUCGGAUGCACAGGAUCACCUGGUUACCCGAACACAGUCAAAUGUGACCAAGACCUCCGUCGAUAGUGGUAAUGCUUACCCGUAUUGGUUGUUUAAUGCUUGUCCUGUUCACCACGCAGAUCGCCGUGGAUCGGAGAUUCGUGCACGCCGUCUUGCAUGCAAAGAAAGAAUGGACUCUAUCAAGGCGAGUAUCGAGCAAAAGCAUGCUCUUCUGGAGAGUCUGGAACGCGCAGCGAACCAGGGCGAAGAGUCUUACGCUUCACUGAUCGAACAGUACGAGGCCCAAGUGCGUGACCUUGAAUCUCGCAUCACUACCUUGGAACAAGAAAGAAAGAAGCUCCUGAGUGAACGUAUGAAAACGGGUGAUGAAUCCAAGGAACAGCGACUGAAGGCGAUGGAGCGGGAACUUUGCCAAGUUCGUCAUCAGCUUGCUGAUCUAUCACGACUGCGCAAAGCGAAGGAAGCCAGAGAGUCAGAGUGCUUACGCUUGAGGAACGAUAUCCAGACACUUAAGGUCUCUAUGGUACGCACUGCAAAACAGUUGAAAGAUGAAAGUGCUGCCUACCGGAAGUGGAGAAUAGAGAAAGAGAGUGAAGUUCGACGGCUUCAGGAACAUGAUCGCCGCCUCCGGUCCGAAAUGUCUCAAAUGGCCUCGACUUACGAACGUCAACAUGCCGUGCUGAAACGUCGCGUGGAAGCUGCAGCUGCCACAGAACGGCGAUUGAAGGAAGUCCUCAUGCUACAACGAGAUCGUCGGGAGAAACGAAUGACGGAGAAUACGACCUUGAUGAGCAAGCAAGAUCUGGCCGCGCGCGUGCGUUCAUGGGUGAACGCGGACCUCGAUGUGCAGGUUAGCAUGGGCGAAGCGCGAUAUCAUCUUGGUCAGCUGAUUGAAUCACGUCGAACUUUAUGUGAGCAACUUCGUUCAGAAGAGACAAUGUUGAUGGUCGCUUCGGAUACGCAGGAACCAUCACGAGAGAAACGCGCCAACAACGUAUCACGACUUACUGAGGCGAUCGAAUUACAGACCCAACAGAUUACGGAUCUGCAACAGAAGCUGAUGGAUGCCGGCGAGCGUGUUUCUAAUGAACCGUCAUCUUCCAAUGGCGCUGCAUCUGUCGACCAAAUGCUGAGUGCCCGCUUGGCUCAGCUACACAAUAUUCAGGAAGCACGCAUUGCCAUACGCUAUUUGUUCAAAGAGGUGAGCAGUUUUGACCGCCUGCUAGGAACUUGUCAAGUUGUAGCUUCUCUCUUCAUCAGUCAUCAUCUCAUUUUCCUUUUGUCCAUCUCAAAGGCCGCGUCGUGUCAGGUCGACAAGCUUGUGUCAGACAGUCGUCUGUCAGAUUUGGUUCUACAGAUGACUUCCAAAGAGGAAGAAGCCGAUCAGUUACGCACUCGAGCGGCUGAGUACUCAAUGAAUCUGGCUUCAGUCGAGGAGCAGACAGUCAGUCGUCUGUCAGAUUUGGUUCUACAGAUGACUUCCAAAGAGGAAGAAACCGAUCAGUUACGCACUCGAGCGGCUGAGUACUCAAUGAAUCUGGCUUCAGUCGAGGAACAGUUCUUUUUUUCCUGCCCAAUGCAGUGUAAAGCUCUCCGCGGCCGCAUACUUGCUUUGGAAUCCGAUAACGCUGCCUUGCGCAGCCAGUUGGACGAGCUUAAACAAGCUGUCGAAUCGAAACCGACCAGAAGCCAAGUUCAAUCGUACAUUAUCGAUUCUGCCGGUGAAGUGCGACGCCUCUCUGGUACACCCGUGUUCUCCCAAAAGCGUCGCAUAACUCGAAGAUCUGUACAAGCUAUGCGGAAGAAAUCUCGGGCGGCUUCGCCACGCUUACUCGUACCAGAUUCUACUAAAAAAACGGAGUCCGUGUGGAGUGUGUUUGAUGAGGAUGAGGAACCGCCGUCUGAUUCAAGUGUGGUUGAUCCAACAUGGCGUCUGUCUGAUGUAAGUGAAGAAGAAACGCCGGUUGUUCCUCACGUCUCCCGACGGACUCUUUUGAAUGAGACUAAAAUUGGCAGCCGCGUCUCCCAGCUACUCCCUCGGUGCACGUGUCGGGGUUCUUGCACUAAUCGAUGUAGUUGUCAUCGUGCGGGACGCGUGUGUUCCGUGGUUGCUUGCAAAUGCAAGCCGGAUAAAUGUAAGAAUCGUGACUCGUUUAGUGGUUCACCUUCAACUCGACCGAAGCAGGCCAAGCUCGAACCGAUCACUGAACGUAUGCCUCCUCCCACUACUCCACCCAUGCCUUCUAAACGAAAUCGAAAGCGAAGUCAGCGGCCUCCUCUGAAUGAACUCAAGUCCAACCAUAUCCCUGAUGAAAACGACGAGCCUGACAUAUUGAAUAAAACGUUCGAUCUCGGUCGUGAAGAGAACCACGUAUCUCCCUUAAAAACCUCAUCUGUAGUUCUCACUGAUAUCAACUCCAAGUACUUGUGGCCUAAGACUCGUUUAUCGUACUUCCCCAGUCCAUCUUUACGCCCCGAUGUGUAAUUUCCCCUGGUUUUCUCUAUCGUUCUCAACUAUGUAUUCUCCUUGUCUCCCGCCUGCUCAAAGUUCCGGUGUGAACUCUUUCGACUGGUGGCUGCGCACCCGGGUUCGUGGUCAUUAACAGUUUCCCGGUUGGGGCCAGUGUUUAAUUGCUUCUCUCUGUGGAUAAACGCUUAUGUACAUAUUUAACUGUCGUUCUUGCGCUGACCAAUCGUCUGAACAAAUGCAA